UCCGUGUAUAUACAAACAUACGUCAUAAUAAUAUGACUAUUAGGUAAACACUAUACUUUACCAACAAUGAAAAAAGAUUUCAUAACGAAAUAAUGGGUGCCGUAUAUCAAUCAAAAUAGACAUUUGAUCGUACACAGUUAAUUAGUUGCGUGCAGACAUAAAUACAUAUUAAUAUUGUCGUUAUCUCGACUGACUCAAUCAAAAAACGGAGAAAAAACCGAUUACGUUAUCGGUUAUAAUCAUUGAAUUUCUCGUGAGCGACAAUAUAUUAUCUCGACCGACUCGAUCAGAAAACGGAGAAAAAAUUACCGAUUACGUUAUCGGUUAUAAUCGUUGAAUUUCUCGUGAGCGACAAUAUAACGGUGAAAUGGAUUCUAUUUUUUUAUAGCACUAUCGUAAAUGGCCAUGUUAAAAUAUUUAAUUAUGAAAUGUUCGUUCGUUCUGUUCUAUUCUGCCGUUGGAGAAGCUAAUGUCAACAAUUGAACAUUGAACUCCAUAAACCAUAGGUAAGUAUUUAGUCAAGAUUAUCAUUAUAAAAUAAAUAGUAAUCAUGGCUGAAAAAAAAAACAACGGAAAAUACAAUCUUUUUUUUCAAAACCACCCUCAAUAAUGAAUUCAUUGAAUGCAACUCGGAACAGUUAUAAGUUCCUCUAGUUCCUCAUUACCAUCAACUGUAUCUGUGUCUGAUACACCUAUCACUCAGUUCACACCUUCGACUACGGAUAUUAUGUCUCUUACAAAACAGUAUAGUGAAGAUCUGGAAGACAUUGGAAAUUGUGAUGAGGUAUUCAACAACGAGUUCAAACUUUGGCAACGAAAACUUAAAUAUCUAUCAGAAACGGAUAAACCAAAAAAUGCAAUGGACGCUAUUUACAUAUGUAAUGAAGCCAUGUACCCAAAUAUUUUUAAUUUACUUAAAAUAUUACCAACUUUACCAGUUUCUUCUGCCACUAACGAAAUGACAUUCUCAACUCUCAAGAGAAUAAAAACUUACUUACGCAACUCUACUUCUGAGGUAUGUUUAAUUUAAAUAAUAGUAUUAAUGAUUAUAAUCGACUUAAUUUAAUGUUGUAAUUAAUUUUAACAGGGAAGACUUAAUGGUCUGGCUAUGCUCUCGAUCAACAAAAAUGAUUCAAUUACUCUUGAUCAAGUACUGGUUGAACUAUCCAAUAAAAAAAGGAGACUAG